UUUCAUUCUACGUUCUCUCGUGAUAAGUUCGGUUGGAAUAUUUUUGUUCUAUGUUAAAAUUGAAAAGAAGAAAGAAAGGACUGCAAAUGGAGAAAAGUUGGAAGCUUUAAAAGCUACAAAGUGCGAAGCAGUUUAAGUGAUUUAUAACUGAAAUAAACUGUGGAUUUAACCAAAGCCAUUCAAGACUUGGCGAACCAUUUCCGUUUCGUGGUCGACAAACGCUUUGUAAAUAUUUCAACAACAACGAAGUGCUUAACGAGCAGCUUCUACAAAUUAAAUCAGCUCAAACCGUGUUGGAAUUUGAGAAGCUUUUCAGCGAACAAUUACGAUAUAAUCAAGAGAAUCUUCACAGCGCAAAAUCCCUUAUUGAACCCUACUACGACGUUAAAAACGUUUUAAAUCCCUUGAAGCAAUUUCCAAGCGAAACGUGUCUCUGCACGAAGGAUCUUUAUCGAUUGAAUAACAAUCGACAAGCAUCUGAACAUCAACAUCGGACAACAUCAUCGAUUGAGACGACAACAUUGCAUGCAAAUAAAAGUUUGAAUGAUAAACAUUCUAUUGAAGAUUUUGUUAGUUUAGCAUCAGAGUGCUACGAUAAGUGUAUAAACAUUUAUUUAGAUAAUCUCAAUGAUUGCAAUCGUCGUGCUGAUAUUGCUGAACGACAAACAAUCAGAUCGCCAUCAGGUUAUACUGGAAAGCGUUCAUUUAAAGCGAGAAAAAUCAAUGACUUGUCUCUCGCAAAUCAAAUUAACAAAUUAAGCAUUCAUUUAGAUUCACAGCAUCGUGAAAUUGAAGCAUUUUCGUUAGAAAAUCUUUUUACUCAUCGACAAACCGCAAUUUUUCCACCCCAAAAUUGUAGUCAUCAAAGUAUGAGCUGUAAUGACACAAACAACAACAGCACUGAAAGCACAAAUCAAUUAAAAGAUCCGCCAAAAAUAAUUCUGAGUGACCACUCGACCAAUCAAUCAAAACAGGGUGAUAUCGGUAGAAGUUGCAGUGUUGAAAGCACAUCUACCGACAAAAACUGCUUGACAGUCCCUCUUGAAAACUAUUAUUCUAGUGAAGCAAGACCGCCUUAAAUCGAGUGAGAUUGCAAACAGUUUAUGUGAACAUAUUUGAAGAGAAACGAAAUAAAAAAAGAGCUUAAAUAAAUAAUUCAAAAAUAAAACAAAGCUUUAGUGAAAAAAAUAAAAACAAUUAAGCUUUGGAAAGCUUUUAACGUUUAUUGAAAGUGUAGCUAAAAUAAUCCGUGUGCCAAUUCUGUCAAUCGAAAUAAUUUUUAUUAUUUCUUUCCGCAUCUGUCACUACUUACAAUGGUAAUGAAGAUGAAUGAGACAACAGUGACUGAAACGUUCGAACCAAUUGAACAGAAUGCUACAACUGUAACAAUUACUUUACAUCCGCAGCCAAAUGAAGAAGCGGCCACCUGUGAUAAAGCUCUUGCAACAACAUCGAUUAAUGAAGAAGCCAAGGAGACAAAAAUGUCGCCAAGUAGUGACGAUUCGUUGUCGCUUCUUAACAGCCAAAUGUUGGUGAAAAAAAGUCUUAAGCUUGAGUUGACUCACAAUAAUAAUGAAAUAAAAUCUAUCGACACUGGUUCACCUGAAAUGAAUGAAGAUCUUUCUUUCAAGUCACCGACAUCUCCUCGAACGUGUCGAAAUCGUUCUGUUCCACAUCAGACUUCACUCACAUCUCAAGUUGAAGUUGUUGACGAUAGAAAAGCUCUUCGUGAUGCACUUUAUCAAGGAAUAUUUCAUCGUCAUCGCAGAACAAUUUUUGCUGUCGGCAGUUUUCUUCGAAUGUUGAAAUCACGUAGCUCCCAAUACAACACAAUAAGAAGCUCUUCAGAAGGUGAGGAAGAAGCUCGAUAGGAUGAAUGAGAGUAGUGAACUAAAUUUUGUACAGCAUCAUAAAAAUAAUUAAUAUAAUCUCUAGAGAUAAUCAAACCAAAAUAUUAUUCUAACUCUGUAUCAUAAUCAUUUUGAUAUCUUUACUAAAAUCAUUAAUGAAUCAAAUUCAAAUCAUUCAGCAGAUAAUUAAUGACUUAAUUUUGACAAGAGAUUUCUUAAAACGACAUGAUAUUAUACUUAACAUAGUGAUCAGAAAUCAUAGUAAAGUUUGUUACUUUGCUGUUGAUUUCGAAACAAAAGAAAAUGAUGAAGAAUUUAAUUGAUUAGCAUACCUUUUUCUACCGAUAAAAUUUACUAAAAUUCUACAUUAAAACUCCUCGAAAAUUUCCACAAUAUGCUCUUAUGAAACCCUAAAAGCCUUCAAUAAUUUUCAAAAGCUAUGUCACUACUAACUUUGGAAGCUUUAAUGGACUGAGGUGUUCAUGGAUGAUGUAUUUGUGUUGUUCAACUUAUGCACAUGAACAAAUCUUACACUAAAAUUUUUCUAUAAUUUUAGAGAGAGUCAUAUGUGAGAAUAUUCUUUAUGUGAUUGUGAUGGAAAUCCUUUUUCACAUGCAUACACAUUCAUUAUAUAUUAUCCUUGAACACUCAGUAAACCUUCUCUAAUAGGACAUCUCUCGUUACAUAAAUCCUUCAAAAUGCUGCACGUAGCACACAUCAUUUCUUUGAAAGUUUGUUAGCAAAAUCGUUAAAGCAUGAGAAAUUCGUCUGUGUGUAUAGCUUAAAGGAAGGUCAAAGCAAGGAAAAUAAAUAAUCAAGAAGAAGGAAAAUUAAUUAUUUUUGUAUGAUUUGAGAUCUGUAAUUCAAUGAAAGUGAAUGCGUAUGUAAUGAUUAUGUUAUUUAAUGAAGAUAAUGAUGAUGUGAAUUAACUAUAUCUUCAGAAGACAAAGAAACAAUAUUGAAGGCUUUUUGAAGUGCUUCCUAAAUAUUUUCUAUUUUCCCUUCUCGAUCUGUUGAUCGGGAAAAGUUUAGCAACGACGACAAUUUCUUUGCUAAAGUUUCGUUUUUGAAAAUUAUAGUUAAAAAUAUAAAUCCUCAUUAUCCACAUUAACAUUUCAUAUUAAAACAAAAAAAUAAAUAUAAUUAUUGCAUUAGACACUAACAAGAGAAUGUUUGCAAUUAAAUUGAGAAUUUUAUCAAUAAAAAUUCGAAGUCAAAACAUGACAAAUA